GCCUCCCCCCUUUGUUUACAGCAAAGUGAAUCGGUCGCUCGACGUGUUUGGAUUAUCGACAGUUUCCAAGGGAUUUAUUUGUGAAGUUUCACAAUUCAGCUCUUUUUCUCCGUUUUCGAGGUUGUCGAUCAUGGUGGCGAUGACAAAGAAAGUUAAAAUCUUUCAGAUAAUCUUUUCCGAUCCCAGUAAGACUUUUUACUGCGGCGGAGACACGGUGUCCGGCCGCGUCGAAGUGGAGGUCAGCGAAAUGAUGCGGGUGUCCUCGCUGAAGCUUCUGGGUCUGGGCUGCGCCAAGGUGGAGUACGCUAAAGGCAAGCAGCGGUGCCGACAGGAGGCCGAGUACCUCAGGCAUGAAACGGUCCUGCGACUGCAAGACCAGCCCACAGACUCUGACGGCUCCGUGGUGUUGAGACCUGGCAACAAGUACGAGUACACGUUUGGAUUCGAGCUCCCUCAGCAAGGGCAGCUGGUGUCGUCAUACAAGGGGAAGUUCGGCUACGUCCAGUACUGUGUCAAAGCCGUGAUGGAGAGGCCGCAGCAGCCCGUGCUAGAGUGCAAGAAAUGUUUCGAGGUGGAGGAGCCGCUGGAUGUCAACACCCCAGACCUGCUGUCUCCAGCAGGCGGCAUGAAGGAGAAGAAAGUCACCUGCAUGUUCAUCCCUGACGGUCAGGUGUCCCUGAAUGCAAAAAUUGACCGGCGCGGAUUCUGUGAAGGCGAAGAGAUCUGCAUCAAUGCGAAGUUUGAGAACACCUGCUCCCGCAUUGUUGUGCCCAAGGCUGCCAUCAUAGCCAAACACACCUACCAGGCAAACGGCCGCACCAAGACCCUACGCCAGAAGCUGUCCUCGGUGCGUGGUAACCACAUCAUCUCUGGGAUGUGCGACGCCUGGCAGGGAAAAACGAUCAGGGUACCGAAGAUCAAACCAUCCAUGCUGGGCUGCAACAUCAUCCGUGUGGAGUACGCUCUGAUGAUUUACGUACACAUUCCUGGUAGUGACAAGCUGAUCCUGGAGUUGCCUUUGGUCAUUGGGACCGCCGGGCUGGGCAGCCGCAGCAACAGCGUGAGCAGCCAGGACAGUUCAGCCAGCAUGACGUCGCAGAGCUGGGUGUCUCUCAGGAUGCCUUCUGAACCUCCGAGCUACUGCGACGUGACCCGGGACUGCCGCCUCGAACAGCCUCUCACACCUCUCCUUGAUGACUUUGACGGCGAUGACAGUCCCAUCUUUAUGAACGCACCAGCCUUCCAGUACCCAGCGCCGCCAGCAUACAGCGAGACCAGAGAUGUUGAGGCCCGAUGGCACAGUGAUCUGCUGCAUUUCUGA